UCUGCUUCAAAACACAUGCGUCUCUCUGAAAUCUCUCUCCGACCUAGAUCCAUCUCUCUCUCUUUCUCUCUCAAGCAAACACUGUUAAACCCUUUUGAUUUCUCCUGAGAUAUGUCUUCACACGAAAGCUCCAUUUUUUUCCCUCUGUUUAUUGAUUAGUCUCUGCAAAUUACUCAAUUUCACAUUUUGCUUCUGCUGUUUUUACUCUUCUCUCUCUCUUCAAAGGUACUUGCUUUAUGCACAAAAGUUGGGAAUCCUGGGUUUUUGUAGGGAACUAGACUCCUAAUUAUUAAUGCCUGAACUGUCUUCUUGAUCUGGGCACAUUUUGCAAUUUGAGGAAAAAUCAUUUCUUUCUUUUUCUGGGUUACAGUGUUCUCCGGGUUCUAGGGUUCCUUUGCUUUUGUUUCCCCUUUUUUGUCUGGGUUGUGAAAGUCUCGGACUUUUAUAUGUUUGAUGGACUAGUUCUUUCAUGUGGUCCACUUAAUUAGGUAGUGGAACGAGAUGGAUGAGUUGUAAAGGAGGUUUUUUGGUUCCAAGUAAUCAAAUUUUGGGGUAAAUUGAGAGAUGGGUUGUGUUUGUGGUAAGCCUUCUGCUAUCGAAGAUAGCAAAGAUAGUCCAAGAGAGCGUUUCUCGAGCAAAUCCUCUUCUGAGUUUAGAGUUUCAAGACCGGUUGCUUCUUCUAGAAGAGAAGAGACUCUUAGGAUUAAGGAACGGCCUGAUGUUGUUAGUGUAAGACCAGUGUUGAGUAAUAAGCAAGCCAAUGUUUCGAUGAAUUUGCGUGGGGAGAAUUUGAGCAGAAGAGAGAAGAAGAUUGAGAAUGUUGCUGCAACUUCACCCCUUGCUAUGAGUAUUACCAUUGCUAAAGCAACUGAAGGAGAGUAUGUAGCUGCUGGUUGGCCUCCAUGGCUCGCUUCUGUAGCUGGAGAAGCUAUUAGGGGAUGGGUUCCACGGCGUGCGGAUUCUUUCGAGAAGUUGGACAAAAUUGGUCAGGGUACUUAUAGUAAUGUAUAUAGAGCUCGUGAUCUGGAUCGAAAGAAAAUUGUGGCUUUGAAGAAAGUUAGGUUUGAUAACUUGGAGCCAGAAAGCGUGCGUUUUAUGGCAAGAGAGAUCCAGAUAUUACGCCGUCUUGACCAUCCUAAUAUCAUAAAGUUAGAAGGCUUAGUUACAUCAAGAAUGUCUUGCAGCUUAUAUCUUGUUUUCGAGUACAUGGAACAUGAUCUAGCUGGACUUGCCUCACAUCCUGCGAUUAAAUUUUCUGAAUCACAGGUUAAAUGCUACCUGCAGCAACUAUUACAUGGUUUAGACCAUUGUCACAGUCGUGGUGUACUUCAUCGGGACAUAAAAGGCUCAAACCUUCUGAUAGAUAAUAGUGGUGUUCUAAAGAUUGCUGACUUUGGAUUAGCUAGUUUCUUUGAUCCUCGUCAAACUCAGGCUUUGACCAGUCGCGUGGUAACUCUUUGGUACCGUCCACCUGAGCUUUUGCUAGGAGCAACUCGCUAUGGAGCAGCAGUUGAUUUGUGGAGUGCAGGUUGCAUUCUUGCCGAACUAUAUGCAGGCAAGCCUAUUAUGCCUGGUAGAACCGAGGUGGAACAGUUGCACAAGAUUUUCAAGCUAUGUGGCUCGCCUACUGAGGAUUAUUGGGUAAAAUCGAGGUUGCCUCAUGCAACAAUUUUCAAGCCCACACAGCCAUAUAAACGUAUAGUGGGUGAAACAUUCAAAGAAUUUCCUCAGCCAGCUUUAUCCCUUCUUGAAACCCUGCUUUCGGUCAAUCCCGAUGAUCGUGGAACAGCCUCCGCAGCUCUCAAGAGUGAGUUCUUUUCCACUAGACCCCUUCCAUGUGAUCCUUCAAGCUUGCCUAAAUAUCCUCCCAGCAAAGAGCUUGAUGCAAGAAUGCGGGAUGAGGAAAGUAGAAGGCAAGUUGGAGGAAACAGGGACCAAAGACACCAAGAAAGAACAGGAACUAAGGAAUCUCGAGCCAUCCCAGCCCCUGAUGCAAAUGCAGAGCUGGCUGCAUCAAUGCAGAAAAGGCAGAGCCAGUCUACUAAUAGAAGCCGAAGCGAGAAGUUUAAUCCUCAUCCUGAAGAAGUUGCAUCUGGUUUCCCAAUUGAUCCACCGAGGCCAUCAUCACAGGCAUUUGAACCAAACAGAGAGUCUCAGGGUAACAUUAUCCCUCACAAGAGAGCUUCACAUUCCGGUCCUCUAUCACGUAGAUCUGCUUCCGCGAAGGGUAGAAGGAACUGCCAAGAUUCUCAAAAGGUUUCAUCCAUAGUUGAUUAUUCAGCAAUGCCUAGUUUUGCUACAACUAGAACAGGCGCACCUCAACAAGAGACUUGCAGAGGAAUGACUCGGCUUCCAGGUUCCUUCAAGGAAACCUCUGAAGAAGCAAACCAGGAAGAGAAUGGUAGAAGCAACAAGAAAGAUCCCAUUCUCCUGGGUUAUGGUUCAAAAGGGCACACGAUUCAUUAUUCAGGACCGUUAGUGGCUCCAUCAGGAAACAUGGAUCAGGUCUUAAAAGACCAUGACCGCCAUAUCCAAGAAGCUGUGAGAAGAGCACGGAUCGACAAGGCUCGGGUUAGGAAACUUCAAGCAGAUGAAGCAUCGAGCCAGCAAGUCCCAACCAACCAUCCCUCAUCUGUUUCUAGCCGUUGAUCCAUCAAUGAGGCAAAAAGUAUAUGAUCAAAAACCAAACCUCAUUUGCCUGAAACUUUUUUAACACGGCGUAUUUUGAGUGAAAAAAUAAUUGUAUUUUAUUGAUUCAAGAUUAUAUAUCUAUCGUAGUAUCAAAUCUUGUCACGUUUUAGUCUCCCUGUAAUGUGAUAUUAUUUUAUCGUAA